GUUUCUGUAGUUUAAUCCUGUAGGCACAAAUAAACCGCUACCAAAAUGUCGAGCUGGAAAAAAGCGGCCAAAUCCAACCAGAAGGUGCACCGCGAGCGCUCGCAGCCCGCCGCCCGGCAACAUCUGGGAUUGCUGGAGAAAAAGAAGGACUACAAACUCCGUGCAAAGGAUCGCAAUGAAAAGGAAGCCACACUCAAAUUGCUGCGCAAACGGGCCCUCAACAAAAACCCAGACGAGUUCUACCACCACAUGAUCAACUCGAAGCUGGAAAAUGGUGAGCACCGUGAGCUGGACAAGGGUGAAGAUUUAACCCUGGACCAGAUCAAGCUCAUGCAAACGCAGGACCUGAAGUACAUCGCGAUGAAGCGCACCGUCGAAGCCAAUAAGAUCCGCCGACUGCAGAGCAAGCUGCACAUGACGGACGUCGUAAACGGGACGACCAACAGCCACACAUUUUUCGUAGAGGACGACCAAGAGGCGGCACAGUUCGAUCUUGCCAAGCGGCUAGAUACCCAUCCCGACCUGAUUGGACGCCGCACGAACCGGCCGCGACUGGCUGAUCUUGAAAAGCUCCAGCUCGCCUCCGUCAGUGAGGACAAUAUCGCAACACUCAAUCAUGAGCGUGAGCUUUCCUACCGCGAGCUGAUGAAGCGGAUCGACCGUGAAAGAGAGCUAACGGUGGUGCAAAAAACGAUCGAAAUCAAGCGCGCACUCAAGGAGAAGCGAGCCCUCAAACCUAAGCUUAUCAGGAAGGGAACGUCCCAUCAAGCGCCACAGUACAAGUUCAAGUACGAACGGAAACGAUGAAUCAAAGCA